UAACGCCCGGUUAGAUGGUGAUUUUCUGUAUAAAUAUCUAUAAAAUUAUGUUCCAAAAUGAUUAAGUUGUGCAACAUUCGUCAAUUCGCUACUGCUAUCAAGAAAAAGGCGGAAAAGGAAGUGAACACAAAAGUUGAGCUUAUUAAAAAUCUCAACUUCGAGAACAAGGCACUGUAUGGAGCAGUUGUAAAGGCGCGAAAGCCUAAAGUAUCUUCUAGUCACAACGUGAGAAAUGAUAAAUCAACAGCAUCCCCAUCUACCGCUAACUCAGAAUUAUUUUGGUUGAUGAAAAACCAAAACCCCAAAGCACAGCGAAAUAUUACUAUCGCCUCAACCUUCGAAGAGCCAGAACAAACCGAGCCUCAGUCAAGUUUAGAAAUUCCUUUCAAAGAUUCGGAACUCAAGUUGAUAACCACGUUUCCAUUGAAACCUAGCGAGUCGGGUUUGCUGGAAAAAUCCUGGACACGAAGCGAUCACCUUCCGAAAGAUCGCUACAAAUUGCCAUCGGUUAGCAAAAUUCUCACAGCCACAAUGCCGGAAUCAUCCCGACAAGCAUUGCUAAGGUGGAAGGCAUCCAAAGUGGCCCUGCUCGGCGAGGAGGGCUUUGAACAGUUCCAGAAAGAAAUUUUUGAAAGAGGAAAAAAUUUCCAUUCGUGUCUUGAGAGUUGGCUUGCUGAACAGGAACCGGCUGAGGCCGACAUUAAUAAAGCUGACAAAUUGUGGACCAGCAUCGGGUCCCACUUAGGACGAAUCGGUCGUCCCGCUAGUUUAAUUGAACAAAGAUUGAGCCACCCUUUCUUACACUACACCGGAGUCGUAGAUUGUGUAACCAUUAUUGACAACCGUCUUCACAUCAUCGAGUGGAAAACGUCGGAAAGUCAGAAACCAUCCCUUGCGGCAACUUACGACGCUCCGGUUCAGUUGUGUGCUUACCUGGGAGCACUGCGAGCCGACCCGGAGUUUUCCAAACUGGACAUUGUCAAAGGUGCGGUACUGGUAGCUUAUACAGAUGGACAACCUGCUCAUGCUCACGGAAUCACUGGAAGCCAACUGAAGAAAUACUGGAACGUGUGGUUGCAACGACUGCAAGAAUAUUGGACCCGAUAUCGGGACAACACGCUGCCUGAUCCGAUUUAAACUUUUCAAACCUUUAAAAACAAUUGUUGAUUUGUUAGAAAUUAUUCAAAAAAAUAGACAUACAAUCUUUUGGUCAUAUAGGAUAAAAACAAAUUGUUAGUUGAGAAAUAAAAUUCAUUGUAAA